AUGGAGGCAAUAAAAUGUGGUGGAAUUGUAGGAUUUGGCAAAUUUGAGCUAGGAGGUAAUUUUGGUGCUGAAAAAGUCUUCUUAUGUGGUGAUGGUGGCACUGAAUUUUCUGGCGGUGUCGCGCUAGGAGGCAAUGCUGGUGGCACUACGGCGGUUGGUGAAGAAGUGCUUUUAUGGGGUGGUUCAUGCUUUGAAUGUUUUGGUGAUGCUGAGCUUGGGGGCAAUGCCGAUGGAUUUGGUGGUGUUGUGCUAGGAGGCAAUGCUGGUGACACUACUGGUGCCAAAGAGGUGCUUUCAUGUGGUGAUUUUGAGCAAGGAGGCGAUGCCGGUGGCACGAGAGCAGGUGGUGAAGAAGAGUGUUUAUGGUGUGAUUUAUGCUUCGAAUGUUUCGGGGAUGCUGAGGUUGGAGGCAAUGCCGAUGGUUCAGGUGGUGAAGAAGUGAUACCAUGUGAUGGUGGCAUUGCGGGUGCCAUUGAAGGAGGUAUCUCUGUCUCUGGUGGUGAGGGCAAUGGUGCAAAAUGGAGUGGUGAUGAAGUGAAUGGCGGCAAUGAAGGAAGCUUAGGCUUGGGCAAAGGAGGAAUAUCCUGUGAGUGUAACAAUUGGUUCAUGGAUUGA